AAUAAUAUUUUUACGAUUUAGUAAAACAAGAUGGCCGCGAAAACUUUGUAAACGGAAACGUUUAAUUUGAUGACUCGAAGAAAAAUUGCAUGCUUUGAAUAUUAUUUUUGAUUAGAGUGUAUCAGAUUGACACAAAAUAGACCCGAUUUGCCAAGAAAUUAAAUAAAUGUAGAUGACAAUGACUGAGGAAACACAACAAUCCGAAACAGCCGCACAAAAUGAGGCACAAACUAGUUCUCCAGAUGUUGGAAAAGUUAAAGAUAGUAAAAAAGAAAAAUGCCGACCUAUGACUAAGGUAGUAAUACGGAGAUUACCUCCAACUAUGACUCAAGAACAAUUCCUAGAGCAAGUUUCUCCAUUGCCAGAACAUGAUUAUCUUUAUUUUGUAAAAGCUGAUAUGUCUUUGGGACAAUAUGCUUUUUCCCGUGCAUAUAUUAACUUUGUUGAGCAACAGGAUAUUUUUAUGUUCAGAGAGAAAUUUGAUAAUUAUGUAUUUGUCGACUCUAAAGGAACAGAAUAUCCAGCAGUAGUAGAAUUUGCACCUUUCCAAAGGUUACCAAAGAAAAGAAUAGGAAAAAAGAAAGAUUUGAAAUGUGGUACAAUAGAGUCAGAUUCAUAUUAUAUAAGUUUCUUAGAAAGUCUUAAAAAUCAAGAAGCUGAAUCUAAUGUAUCACAGCCAAAAACAGAGUACUCAUAUCAACCACCUGAUAAUACACCAAAAAAAGUUACAACCACACCUCUCUUAGAAUAUGUGAAACAACGUAAACAGGAGAAACAACGUCUCAGAGAUGAAAAACGUGAAGAAAGACGACGAAGAGAUCUAGAAAGGAGGCGGACAAAGGAAGAUCCUAUUAUAUCUAAGGUAUUGAAAAAUCCAGAUCUUGAUAAAGAAAUGUGUAAAGAUAAUAAAGAAAAUAGGGAGGAAAAGGAUAAACUUUCACCCAAAGAUAUAAAAAAUCGUAUUAAGAAAGAGGAUAAAUUACGUGACAAAGUACCGCGUGAUCGAGAUUCCAAAUCAAUAACAAAAGGAUAUAGGGAAAGAAUUGAAGAUAGAAAUAAAGAUAGAGAUAUAAAACAUCAAAGACGACAUGAAGAUAAAAAGAUUUAUGGAAGACGUGAUGAAAGAGAUGGUAUAAAAGAUGAUAGAAGAUUUGAUGGAAAAGAUGAUAGAAAAUAUGAUUUUAAAGAAGAUACUAAAGAUUCUAGGGAACGAAAGAUUGAGGAAAAACGAGGUAAAAGUUAUGAAAAAAUGAGGCAAGAAAAAAAAAGGCUUGCAGAAACCAAAAAACAGAAUGUAGAAUUUAGUGUUGAUACAGAAAAUAGUGCAAAAUUAAGAAGUGAAGACGAAGAAUUCCAAAAGAAAGAACCACCAGUUGAUUUGUAUGAAAAUAUUAAAGAAAAUGACGAAGCUAUGGGUGAUAAGGAGGAUGCUAAAUAUAAUAAAGGAAAAGAGAAACAAGAAACUAACGAAAAAAAGAUUCUAAUAGAAGAUUCUGUGCAUGAUUUUGGGACAAGAGAUCAGAAAAGGACAGAAACAGCAGUUGAAAGUAACAAAGACAUUGAAAAAUCAAAAUCCAAUGAAGACAUUAAUAAAGACAUUAAUGAAGAUGAUGAAUCUGAAGAAAAGAAGGAUUCAAAAGUCACAAAAAGGCGAAGUUCACUUGAAAGUGGAGGGGAAGGUGGUACAGGAGAUGGAAAUUGUUUAAGGAGACACAAGUCUUUAGAUGGAGGAGAUCAAAAUAACUUACAAAAGACUGAAAAUGAAGAUAAAGAAAAAGAUAAAAAGGAUCCACGAUUAGAACGUCGAAUUAGAAAUAAAGAUCGUCCUACCAUGGAGAUCUAUCGGCCUGGAAUGGGAAAAUUUAGCAAACAAAGAUUAGAACGAGAGAAAUCUAAUACUAAUGAUGAGAGAGCAUCGCUUUCGCAAAGUCCUACUCCAAACCCCAAUUCUAAUAAUCUUUGUAAAUCAGGAAAACCUGGAACUGAAGUGCGAUCUAUGACGUUUAAACGUAGUAUUAGUCGUGAUUUGGUAUAACAAUCGCUAAAUGGAAAUCUUUUUUUAACAUCAGUGAUAUAUAUGUUGAAACUGUAUUAACAUAUAAGGUUUUUACACUAGUCUUUCUCACGACAUACAAUAUCACACAGUGUAUCUUAUUAUACACAAAUGCAUAAUAAAAUAUAGUGUUCCACUUACUGCUGGAAAAUUCAUGUAGCUGCAGAUGUAUAAAACUUUCCAUAUUAAGUAAUUUGAUAUAUGUAA